GGCUGUGUGUGUGAGAGAGAGAGAGAGAGGUAGUGUGUGUGUGAGUGUGAGAGAGAGGUAGUGUGUGUGUGAGUGUGAGAGAGAAAGGGGUAGUGUGUGUGUGUGAGAGAGAGAGAGAGAGGCAGGCUCUGUGUGUGUGUGAGUGUGAGAGAGAAAGGGGUAGUGUGUGUGUGUGAGAGAGAGUGAGAGAGAGGUAGGCUGUGUUUGUGUGUGUGUGAGAGAGAGAGUGGCAGGCUGUGAGUGUGAGAGAGGUAGGCUGUGUGUGUGUGAGUGUGAGAGAGAAAGGGGUAGUGUGUGUGUGUGUGAGAGAGAGGUAGGCUGUGUUUGUGUGUGUGUGAGAGAGAGAGUGGCAGGCUGUGAGUGUGUGUGAGUGAGAGAGAGGUAGGCUGUGUGUGUGUGAGUGUGAGAGAGAAAGGGGUAGUGUGUGUGUGUGUGUGUGUGAGAGAGUGAGAGAGAGGUAGGCUGUGUUUGUGUGUGUGUGAGAGAGAGAGAGUGGCAGGCUGUGAGUGUGUAUGUAUAUAUGUGUGUGUGUGUGUGUAUAUGUAUGUGUGAGAGAAAGGCUGCAGUGCGAAAGGCUGCUGUGUAGCCUGCAGGUUACAGAAUAGCCAUGAUACAGUUUACAGUGUGGAGAGAAGAAUACGGCUCAGUUGUGACACAGGAAUGUAAUACAGAAGACAUUUAAUGCUCUGAGCUCAGAGGUUAUGGCCGUCUCAGGGAGGAUGCUGAAAACCUCCACUGUCUUCCAGAGAUGUCUCUUUCAGCCACGCUCUGUGUGUCCUGUGUCUCUGAGCAUCAGGACUGUAUAUGAGCGGGACUACCGCAGACCAGGCCAGGCUCCGGACACCAGAUGGCCCUGGCAGAAGAUCCAUUUUGACUUCGCAAAGGGAGUGGAAGGAGUAAAGAAGCACUUCGGUCUCCUCAAGGCCGAGUUCAUGGAGCGCUGGUCGGGGCCCGAGGGCCGGCCACUGGAGGAGCACAUGUUGGAGCAGACGCGUGUGCUGUGGGAGUUCCGUGGCCCAGAGUCGCUCAGUCAGUGGGUGGUCACCUCGGACCGGGAGAUCGGUGGGCGGAGUGAAGCGUAUGUGAAGCUCGGGAGGAAUAACUUUACCUGCAUGCUGUAUGGCUCUCUGUGCUCAGCUGCACCCCGAGACGGAGAGACACGAUAUAGUGGAUACUGCACCAUGCGCUCCAAACAGCCUCUGGGUUCCUUCGACAGGAAAAAGCACUUUGAUUGGUCAAACUUCAACACUCUGCAUUUGCGUAUACGUGGAGACGGCAGGCCGUGGAUGGUGAACAUCUUGGCUGGGACCUACUUCUCUCACCAGAGAGACGACAUGUACAGCUACUUCCUGUACACACGAGGGGGUCCAUACUGGCAGGAUGUUAAGAUCCCUUUUUCUAAAUUCUUCCUCUCGAGCCGAGGCAGAGUACAAGACGAACAGUACCCCCUCUGGCUCGACAAGGUGAAUACUAUCGGCUUCACACUGGGAGAUAAAGCAGACGGAGCGUUCCAGUUAGAGAUCGACUUCAUCGCUGUGUGUAACGAUCGCGCUCACACAGAGGAGUUUGCAUAUGAACUGUACAAGAGGAACCCGGAGGUGGAACAGAGACGACUGUCAGCCUGAACAUGACGGAAUAAUGCUGGGGAUUUAAGUUCCAUGUACUUUUGCAACACUCACUGACGACAAAAACCCAUUUAUUUAAUAUCAAGUAAACUCAGUAUUAUAGUCUACAACAGUUGUUACUGAAAUUAAUGGGGGGGGGGAUUUUAACAAGAUUUAAAAAACAUUCUUUGAACACUGAAAAACAGACACAAGCUUAAUAAUAAAAAAGGUGCAUGAAGCUACAGUCUAAAUCUCAUUUGAAAAUAAAGCAGGAACGUUACGCCAUAACCAGUCCACGUCUGGAACCCAGCGUCUUCUCCUUGUUCUGCUUCCGGACCUUCUUGUGCUCCUCACGCCGCUCAUCUCUGUUACAGUGAAUAAACCAGAGGGAAGAGAAUCAACAUGCAUUCUGCAGCAUUCUCCAGUCUAAUCAGAUAAAUGUCUUUCAGACAGUGUUAAUAUUUCAUGUUUGUGUACUGUGUGUGUUCUCAGUAGCAACGUGCCACUGACCGUGUCUGCACUUGGUGUUGUUUGUAGUUUUUCUGGUGAGAAGAAAUCGUUUGAGAUUUGUUCAGCGCUGUGUUUUCAUGCGUCGCUCCGAAAGGCUUCAGUUUUCCUACACGUGGAAAAAGAAACAGAAAUCUGAGGCAUAAACAGAAGCGAGUGGAACCAUGUCACAGCUCAGAGCCGGGAUCUACAGCACGCCUUCGUUGACCAGAUACGCAAAUAAAAUAUUUACGGUGCAUUCCACAUUCUCAAUCUUUUUUGCUCACCUUUAUGAGGUUUAUAUGCGAGUGGACGAGAGAGGCUCGCUUUCAGAUCGAAAGCAUUUUUCUUGUUGGUCCCUGGAGUGCCUGAAGCCCCGCUGAAGACAAACGGAGUCACUCCUGAAAAAUAUAAAACCACACUUUACUUCAACACUGUUUCCUUUCAUCAUGAUAAUUCAUCGCUUUUGUUUUUAACUGCACUGUUCAGACCUGGAGUUUUGUUGACAGGAGCAGCGUUCUUGUUUGCGUGCACUUCAGACUUCCUGCCCGGAGUGGGUGUGAGAGGAGACAUGGCAGACAUGCAGGCCGGAGUCUUCACCAGGGAGCGCUUGUGCUCAUUGUCCAUCGUCGUUUGUGAGAACCUGAAGAUUAAAUCAUUACAUCAGAUCACAACAUUAACACGGCUCACACCCAUAAGCCCAGAGUUCAUGGCAUGUUCCUCACCUGACAUUGAUUUUGUUGGCUGAGAAUAUGGCAGGCCUAAAGGGGGCGCUGUCCUUCUUCACUGGCUUGUUAGUGGGAGCCUGAGUGACCUUGUACUUCUCCACUUUCUUUACCGGCACUCCCGGGCUGAACAGCGAGGCUCGGCUGACCGCCGGAGUCUACAAGCAUUUAAACAGAUGAAUCGUAAACCGGGAACUUUUUUUUUUUUCCCCUUUAAAAGACUAUAAGCUGAUAGUAAACAUGAAUAAACUGCACUUACUGCAUGA